AUGACCAACAAGGAGGUGAUGGCGAGUGACACGAGUGGCGAGAAGUGGCACAUCAUAUACCCUCAGUAUAUCAACGCCAAUACCACGCUAUAUAUGGGCCGAAGACUGGCGAAGACUGACUGCGUGUCUGAUCCGAAGUCGACUGAAAUCAAAGACGUGUUGGAGGCCAUGAACUGCUUCCAAGUGGUCUGUGAUCUCAGUAAAUGCUAUUCACGCGAAGUGGACAAAGAGUUGGCCGCCAACAGGGGUUAUGUCAAGUAUUGUCUCAUUCGCGACAAACAGUCACAAGAAGUGAUCGAAAGCAACAAAUUUGAUGAUAAGAAGCAUGUCUUGAGAUAUGUCUCCAAAAUGAUACCCAAACUGAAGAGCAGAUCCAAAUCGGCGACCAAUCAAAGCACACAACAGAACCCACAGAAUAGCACUCAAACCAAUCAGAAGAAGAACAAGAAGAAGAAGUGA